GUGCGCAGGCGCGGGCGGAGGGCGGGCUGAAGCGGCUGAAGCGGCGGCAGCUGCGGCGGCUCGGGCAGAGGGGCGGGAGCUGAGGCGGGAGCGGACAGGCUGGUGGGCGAGCGAGAGGCGGCGGAAUGGUGGACUACCACGCGGCGAACCAGUCGUACCAGUACGGCCCCAGCAGCGCGGGCAAUGGCGCUGGCGGUGGGGGCAGCAUGGGCGACUACAUGGCCCAGGAGGACGACUGGGACCGGGACCUGCUGCUGGACCCGGCCUGGGAGAAGCAGCAGCGCAAGACCUUCACGGCGUGGUGCAACUCCCACCUGCGGAAGGCAGGCACACAGAUCGAGAACAUCGACGAGGACUUCCGAGACGGGCUGAAGCUCAUGUUGCUCCUGGAGGUCAUAUCAGGGGAGCGGUUACCUAAGCCGGAGCGGGGGAAAAUGAGAGUGCACAAAAUCAACAACGUGAACAAAGCACUGGACUUUAUUGCCAGCAAAGGCGUCAAGCUGGUCUCCAUCGGGGCAGAAGAGAUUGUGGACGGCAACGCAAAGAUGACCCUGGGAAUGAUCUGGACCAUCAUCCUUAGGUUCGCCAUCCAGGAUAUUUCCGUGGAAGAGACCUCGGCCAAGGAAGGGCUUCUUCUCUGGUGCCAGAGAAAGACAGCCCCGUAUAAGAACGUCAAUGUGCAGAACUUCCACAUCAGCUGGAAGGACGGUCUUGCCUUCAAUGCCCUGAUCCACCGGCACAGACCAGAGCUGAUUGAGUAUGACAAGCUGAGGAAGGACGACCCUGUCACCAACCUGAACAAUGCCUUCGAAGUGGCCGAGAAAUACCUCGACAUCCCCAAGAUGCUGGAUGCAGAGGACAUUGUGAACACGGCCCGCCCCGACGAGAAGGCCAUAAUGACCUAUGUGUCCAGCUUCUACCAUGCCUUUUCGGGAGCGCAGAAGGCUGAAACUGCCGCCAAUCGGAUCUGCAAGGUGCUGGCUGUCAACCAAGAGAAUGAGCACCUGAUGGAGGACUACGAGAAGCUGGCCAGCGACCUCCUGGAGUGGAUCCGGCGCACCAUCCCCUGGCUGGAGGACCGUGUGCCCCAAAAGACUAUCCAGGAGAUGCAGCAGAAGCUGGAGGACUUCCGCGACUACCGGCGCGUGCACAAGCCACCCAAGGUGCAGGAGAAGUGCCAGCUGGAGAUCAACUUCAACACGCUGCAGACCAAGCUGCGCCUCAGCAACCGGCCCGCCUUCAUGCCCUCUGAGGGCAAGAUGGUCUCGGACAUCAACAACGGCUGGCAGCACUUGGAGCAGGCUGAGAAGGGCUACGAAGAGUGGUUGCUGAAUGAGAUCCGCAGGCUGGAGCGGCUCGACCACCUGGCAGAGAAGUUCCGGCAGAAGGCCUCCAUCCACGAGGCCUGGACUGACGGGAAGGAAGCCAUGCUGAAGCACCGGGACUAUGAGACGGCCACACUGUCGGACAUCAAAGCCCUCAUUCGCAAGCACGAGGCCUUCGAGAGCGACCUGGCCGCGCACCAGGACCGCGUGGAGCAGAUCGCCGCCAUUGCCCAGGAGCUCAACGAGCUGGAUUACUACGACUCCCACAAUGUCAACACCCGGUGCCAGAAGAUCUGCGACCAGUGGGACGCCCUCGGCUCUCUGACCCACAGUCGCAGGGAAGCCCUGGAGAAAACAGAGAAGCAGCUGGAGGCCAUCGACCAGCUGCACCUGGAGUACGCCAAGCGCGCGGCCCCCUUCAACAACUGGAUGGAGAGCGCCAUGGAGGACCUCCAGGACAUGUUCAUCGUCCACACCAUCGAGGAGAUUGAGGGCCUGAUCUCAGCCCAUGACCAGUUCAAGUCCACCUUGCCGGACGCCGACAGGGAGCGCGAGGCCAUCCUGGCCAUCCACAAGGAGGCCCAGAGGAUCGCUGAGAGCAACCACAUCAAGCUGUCGGGCAGCAACCCCUACACCACUGUCACCCCGCAGAUCAUCAACUCCAAGUGGGAGAAGGUGCAGCAGCUGGUGCCAAAACGGGACCACGCCCUCCUGGAGGAGCAGAGCAAGCAGCAGUCCAACGAGCACCUGCGCCGCCAGUUUGCCAGCCAGGCCAACGUCGUGGGGCCCUGGAUCCAGACCAAGAUGGAGGAGAUCGGGCGCAUCUCCAUUGAGAUGAACGGGACCCUGGAGGACCAGCUGAGCCACCUGAAGCAGUAUGAACGCAGCAUCGUGGACUACAAGCCCAACCUGGACCUGCUGGAGCAGCAGCACCAGCUCAUCCAGGAGGCCCUCAUCUUCGACAACAAGCACACCAACUACACCAUGGAGCACAUUCGCGUGGGCUGGGAGCAGCUGCUCACCACCAUUGCCCGCACCAUCAACGAGGUGGAGAACCAGAUCCUCACCCGCGACGCCAAGGGCAUCAGCCAGGAGCAGAUGCAGGAGUUCCGGGCGUCCUUCAACCACUUCGACAAGGACCAUGGCGGGGCGCUGGGGCCCGAGGAGUUCAAGGCCUGCCUCAUCAGCCUGGGCUACGACGUGGAGAACGACCGGCAGAAGCAGACAGGCAGCAUGGACUCCGAUGACUUCAGGGCUCUGCUUAUCUCCACAGGAUACAGCCUGGGUGAGGCCGAGUUCAACCGCAUCAUGAGCCUGGUUGACCCCAACCACAGCGGCCUUGUGACCUUCCAAGCCUUCAUCGACUUCAUGUCUCGGGAGACCACCGACACCGACACGGCCGACCAGGUCAUCGCCUCCUUCAAGGUCCUGGCAGGGGACAAGAACUUCAUCACAGCUGAGGAGCUGCGGAGAGAGCUGCCCCCCGACCAGGCUGAGUACUGCAUUGCCCGCAUGGCACCGUACCAGGGCCCCGACGCUGUGCCCGGCGCCCUCGACUACAAGUCCUUCUCCACAGCCCUGUAUGGCGAGAGCGACCUGUGAGGCCCCGGAGACACCCGGACCCAACACCCGCCACGGCCUCCGGGAGGGGCCGGGGCAGCCCCACAGUCCCUUCCUCCACUCUGCAUCUAUGCAAAGCUCUCCGCAGGCCUCCGGGUGGGUGGGCGGGCAGGGAGGGGCUGGGGCAGGCUCUCUCCUCUCUCUCUCUGGGCUGGCCAGGAGGUUCCCCCGACCAGGUUGGGACUGGGGAGACUUGGGGCCAGUGCUGCUGGUCUGGUAAAUAUGUAUGAUGUGUUUUUUUAACCAUCAUGGAGGGGCCAGUGGAUUCCCACAGCAAAACCAGUCCCUUCCAUGCCCUGGGGAUGCCCCACCACACCCAGGUCUCUUCCUUUUGCCCUGAGGUCCCUUCAAGGCCUCCCCCAUCCAGGCCAAAGCCCCAUGUGCCUUGUGCAGGAACCUCCUGGGCCCUGCGAGGGGCCAGCAGAGGGCGCCACUGCCACCCGACGGCUGGGGACCCACCCAGCCCCUCUCCCCUCCCUGCUCCAGACUCACUUGCCAUUGCCAGGAGAUGGGGGCCCCAACCAGCACCCCACUUUCACAGCAGAGGAGCUGAGUUGGCAGACCGGGCCCCCCUGAACCCCACCCCAUCCCACUAGCUCCGGCCUUGCUUUGGCCUCACGUGUCUCAGAUUUUCUAAGGACCAAAAAAAAAAGAAAAAACACAAAACAACAAAAAACAAAAAAAAAAAAAAAAAAAAAAAUCACAAAAAAACUAUAAAAAAGAAUUAAAAACUUUCAGAGGAUUACUAUUUACUUUAUUAACUUACGGAUUUAUUAUAUAAAUAUAUAUUCACCUAGCAACAUAUCUCUGCCGUCUCUCCUGCUCUUGUCAUGAAGACAUAGCCGAUUCUCUUCCGGGCCCCUCGCUGAUGCUCCUCCGGCUCUGCGUUGGGCGGGGGUCUCAGGGGACCCUCCAGAGGUGGAGGUGGGCUGCUGGCCUGGCUGCCUGGUGGUUGAUGGUUUUGCUACCCCUACCCUUUUUUUUUUUUUAUUUUUUUGAGUUUAUUCUGAUUGAUUUUCUCUCGGUUUCUGGAUAAACCACCCUCUGGGGACAGGAUAAUAAAACAUGUACUAUUUUUAAGAAGGA